AAAGACUAGUGCUAAUGAUUAAAAUAAUCCUGCCCUGCCUCUUUGAUCGAGUAAUUGGUCUUGGAUGAGAACUUCUCAUCGCUUUGAUGAACAAACUGAGUCACCAGAGCCAUAUGGGAGUGGGAAAUAUUACAUUCGACCGUGGUUAUAUUCAUAACCCCUUGGUGUAAUGCGCACGCUUGUAGUAGAUACUGCAGACAACGAUAUAAAAGAUAAGUGUCUAUCUCAUUUUUCUUACCUUUUUCUUUACGUUACUAACUAUACUUUAUUAAUUCAAAUAGGCAUAAUAUAUAACAAGAGUUAUAAUUCAUACCCAUUCGAUGGCUUAUAUGUGGGGAUAACCAUCCUUCAUUUGUCAUAUAGUAUUUCCAUCAUCUUCCCACUCUCUUAAUUACUUCUCUUUCUUCACCAUUUCUUUAUUUUCUGUCACGUAUUAUCAAACCGUCAAUUCGUAGCAUUGGUGUGUAUUUAUUGUUAUAGUCUUACUCUUAAAUAUUGUACUCGUACGGUUAUUUUCAUAGUAUUUUAUUAAAUCACACAACACAAUCUUAUGAUCUGACUAUUAGUCUGUGCAAACUUUAACAAAUUACCGGAGAAACGCUUACGUUCUGUCAUAAUAUGUACAAUCUAUUGGGC